CUUGAAAGCUGUCAUCUUAUCGACUAGAUAUUUAGGGUUGAAAUGGGUUUUAAUUUUAUUCCAAUUUUUCUUUCUCAUAUUUUCUUUAGGAUAUUUUUUUAAUGCAAUAAAAAUUUUCUGUGUCAUAGCUUUUUGCUGUGCUUUUUAUCUAUGUAUAUGGUCCCUUUGUUCUAAAUAGCCGCCAACCGAUUAAAAACAAUAAAUGUCUAUAGAGUCUGUUUUCGCUUGUACAAUACAUUUGUCAUACAAAAUGGCAGGAAAGAUGAAAGGUUUGCAGAAAAUAAGUGAAAAGAAAAUGUGAUUUCUUUUGCUAACAGUGUAGUGUGGAUGGAAUGUGAAUUAGACGCGGAAAUGUGGACAUAGCAUAUAAAAUGGGUUCUCAGACUUUAGAGAUAUUACGCCAAGGUGUUUGGGCUUCGUUGACAGGAGGAUGGUUUUAUGAUCCCCAUCAGAAUUUGUUUUGCAACACAGUCCACUUGUAUGUGUGGCUAUUCCUGCUAUGUCUACCGUUCUCGGUAUACUUGUACUUCCCACCGGCAAGUUCGGGUUGGAUUGUGUACUGUGUUCUUGUAGCAUUGCUCUUCACAAUACUCAAGAUACUGAACCACAGUCUUCAUCACAUGUAUGAUACAAGUGAGUGUAUUAUCAUACAACCCACUGGAGAAGCGGGAGCCUCUAACAAUAAUACUGUACCCGAAGAAGGCAUGGAGAUGCAAAUGCUCCGACUGGGCGGAGUAGUGGUGCAAGGUAGUGACAACGAGUCUAUAACAUCUUUAGAAUACCACAAACCUAAUAACAGUACCAUUGAUCUAAAAGUAGAUGUACAUCGAAAAAAUAGUUCAGAAUCUAGUAUAGAGGAUAGUGCUAUGUCUACUAAACAAUCAGAAACAGUGGCCACAACAAAAUCGGACCUGUGUGUAGCUACAGAAAUGCCUACAUUUGUAGAUAUGCCUGCAGGCCCAGCCAAAACCCGUCCACCUAAUAGAACAAGAUCCAAAUCGGGUCACAAACGUGACCACCGAACUUCUAAAACUAGAAGAACGCAUGGUAGCAGAAUCAACGAAUUAAUCGUUGAAGAAGCUUCCAGAAACAUAAGAGUAGAUAGUAAUUUACCUGUACACAUGUUAGUAGAUGAAGGACCCUUUGCUAAAGUAAGCAGGGGCUAUCAUGAAUAUCCUCAUAGACGGGGAUCAAGCAAUAGAGCGUCUUGUAAAGAGUGGUUAUAUUUGGACGGUAAUGAUGCGAUAGGAGAACAUUACCAGUCAAAGUUCGCUAGUCCGCUAGCUUUCGAAUCGAGGGAUAAUUCGGAGCCAAGUGUGGGCCCACCAUCGCCUAAGAAACGACCAGCGCAUAGAAGGCGAUAUACUAAUUAUCCUGAUGAAAGCUGUACUAAAUCUGCUAUGGCAUUAGCUACGGCACAAUCAUCCAAUAUGAGAAGGAAUUCUAAUUCCACUAUGUCAACCAUACAGUUACCUCUUUUGAAUUCUACUGCGCAACUUGUUUCACAUAUGAGAAGGCAUUCAAAUAAUACUGAUACAGGUUUCUUUGCUAGUGUUGAAUUAGGAGAAUACAUGAUGGUGAAAGCUGAAGCUCCUAGUGGCGACGCAGACAAAAAUAAAGGUAAAAGUCCCGGAGUGAGGCGAAUAAAAAGUGCUGCUCUAGAAAUAGGAUGCCCACCGCCUAGUGUAUCAAACUUAUCUCCACAUCCAAAUAGUGCAGAAACUAUUGGUGGACAAAUGUUAAAAAAUCCAAAAAGUGCCGUGAUACCACCUCCUAGUAAAAGUUUGACUCGUGGCCCCCAUUUGAAUCUGUAUCCCAAAAACGAAUCUGGUGAAGGGUGUAGUUAUCCUUAUCUGACUUAUGGUUCAGAAAUAGUGUAUCCUAUAGCUGAAAUAUCAGAUGAAAUGCAAACUUCACAAAAAGAGACUGAUUUGGACUCCAGUGGUGAAAGUUAUAGUGAUUAUGAAGAUGAGAAACAAUUUCGAGGAUUUGAUUGGGAUGCAGAACAAUCGCCAGCCAAUCGUUCUAGUGAUUCUGAUUACGAAAACAAUGGUUCUAGAUCACCACUACUAGAUCGAACUGCAGAAAUCAGAAUAGUCCGUACGAAAGUUCAAAGUGAUUGUAAAAAAUAUUGUUGUGAAAGACACUCAGGACCUAAACAUCAAUCUGAUUGUCCAAAUGACAAAUCUAAAUCAGUAAGACUGAAGAAAUUAGCUAAAAACGAAUCACAAUAUGGAAAUAAACGUUCAGAACAGCAAACCAGUUCUUGUGAAUGUAAAUUUAAUCCAAACGGUGAUUAUUUCGAUAAAGCCAGUGCAAGUUCCAAAGACUUACUAAUAGAGAAAUCUAGUUUAGAAUCUAACGAAAAUCCUGAGCAACCGGAUAAACAAAUCAAUGAUAAAAAACUUGUAGAAAAGAAACUUUGGGACCACGAUAUAUCUAAUUCUAGCAGUAGUAGUGAUACCAAUCUAGAGAAACCGUCAGAAGACAAUAACAACAUUAAAUAUAAUGCUGCAGAGACGGAAGAAUCGCAGUUAACAUGCGAUAGCAAAAGCGCAGACGAAAAAAGUAUAUAUAGUUUAGACUGGCUAUUUGAGGAAUCACCACAACCUAAAUUAACUAGUUGUAAAGAUACGUCUGCUUCAUCUUCGUUAGUUCCUGAAGACAUAGUUAGUCAAAAAAUAUCCAAUGCCUUAGGUGAAUCAUCUUCCAACAUUCCAAAAAACUUGGGAGCUAUACCAAAGCAGAUAAAAAACUUAGCGCGUUCACGAGCUUCAUCUCAGAAGGAGAACAAGAAGAAAGAUUCUAAAAAAGAAAAGGAUGAAAAUCAAACUGAUGAUCGCAUGUAUAUGGAUGCUCAGGCUGCUUUGGUACAAGGUUUGGAAUGUUUAUUUGCUGCAACGAACGCUAAUACUGUUGUAAUGCCACCUCCAAAUAGAGAAGAAAGGCCACGGAGUCACAGACAGAGCAUAAGAGGUGAAAGGGAAAACUCUCACAAAACAAGAAAGCGCUCUAUUGAAGAAGUGGCACAAACAUCUACAAACACCUUACUUCCAACAUCAAUGCCGUUAUUGGCGGCAUUUAUUAGUUCACGAAUGGAUAUGAUGCCGUGUUCUGCCCCUGACAAUCCUCCUUCCGAAACAACACAGCAACCUGAAGAGACACAGAGACAAAGACCUUUGAUGGAUAGGAAUCAUAGGAAUCGAGUUCGUAAAAUUAAACGAUCAACUCGUCAACGAAAUAAUCCGUCACAAAACAAUUCAGAUAAAAAAGAUAAACCUGCAAUCGCAGAUAACUCAAGUAGUACUAACAAUGUCCAUUUUGCAACAUCAUUUGACGACACAAGUGAUGGAGCUAUUCAUUGUUUUAUGGAUGAAUACGGUAAUUGGAUGUCAUACACUUUUGAUAAGAACAGUUCUGGCAGAGCACAGGCUCAUCCAAUUCCAUUGCCAGAAAAAGAAGAUAAUGUAAGAUUAAAACAUGUUAAAUCAGUUGAGAAUCCUGACAAUUCUCAAGAAACCGCUGGUGAAGGUAGCUGUGGAUCUCUUGAAUCUGAAGCAGGAAAUAGUGAAAGUGUAUCGAAAACGAAACGCGGUGACAGCAUAGAUCAAAGUUCAUCUAACCAAGGUAGCAAUAAUCCAUUAUUGUCAAGUAAUAAUAAUGUGUCUACAGUUGUUCCUAUAAAUACUAACAACGCUAAUAAACGUUUCUAUGUGUUUGAUGGAGGAACUGGUACACAUACAGACCAACCGAGAUCACCAGUUGCAUAUGUCACAGACAGCUUAUUAGAACAAAUUGAAGCAGAAAGACAGUCGCGUAUGGGUCUCCCAAGUAUGCAUAUAAAUUUUUUGAUGAGCCAACAAAGAGCACAGCAACAAGCCCAACAACAGGCUGAAAGUGUAUCAAAUAAUAUAUCAAGCCUAAUGCCUUCUAUAGGAGAAGAGAGCGUGGAGAUAAACAUAAGAAGUAAAUUCUCGAAACUUAUGGAUGAAAUAGAAAAAGCGAAUCAACCAAAACCAAAGAGCUAUUACAAAUUCAAACUUUUAAAGUGUUUUGAAAUAAAAGUUACCAUGGAUAGGCUAAAAUUGAUGGCAUUAUUUGACCGGAAUUUAACAUUCAAAGAAACAUUUAUAACAAUAUUUUUAGCGAUUUCUGUUGCUGUGCUCGGUUCACUUGUUUUAAAUGUAGGUUUCUACAGGGACAUCUAUGCAUUUUGGUUCUGUUUUAUAAUGGCAGGCAGUCAAUAUUCCCUUCUUAAAAGUGUUCAACCAGAUUCGGCGUCACCAGUACAUGGUUUUAAUAAAAUGGUUGUGUUUUCCAGACCAGUCUAUUUCUGUUUAUGUACUGCUAUUUUAUAUGCAGUUCAUAGUUACCUCGAACAAAGUCCUGUAGUAAGCAAUACAGAUACAAGAGUAAAAAGAAGUUUGGACGAAAUCAAGCCAUUUACAAUAUAUGGAUUUGAAAUGAAAGAACGAGAAUUUUUACUUAUAGUCCAAGAAGGAUUGUCCAAGUUUCUGUUAUUUUUUCCAUUGGCUUUUAGUUUAGGUCUUUUUCCACAAGUCAAUACCUUUUUAAUGUAUCUGUUGGAACAAAUAGACAUGCAUAUUUUCGGUGGUAAUGCCACCAGUAGUUUGAGUGCUGCUGUGUAUUGUGUAGCUCGAUCGUUAGCUGCUAUCGGAGUGUUGUACGGAUUCGCAUAUAGCGGUUUAGUUGAAGGCAAGAAAUCUCAGCAUCAAAAACACAACAUAUUAUUUUCAAUUUUUUGUGGCCUUCUUGUACCGAUAGCAUAUCAUUUGAGUCGAAGCGCCAGCGAUUAUACUCUUAUAUGGAACUUGAUAAAAAAACAUCUGUUGCCACCUGAACUAUAUGUGAUCCAUAAUCCGGAAUGUUCACCGGAAAUUAAUAAAGAAGAACCUAAUACAUUAUCUGACGAUAAGAAAAAUAAUUCUGAGAGUAAUAUAUCAAAGCAAAAUUCGAUCGGAAGUUCUGCAUCUAAAAUAAAUUUUAGUUCGGAAACGAACAUUGCUCGAACACAAAAGCGAUCUCAAACUUCUAGUGUUAGUUCCCUUAAAAUGGAUCCUCGAGCAGGUGAUACCAUGAACUCAACAACUUCCCUCAAAGCCGAUCCUUCAACAGAGACGGAAGACAAGAGUCGUGAUACAAAUUUAAAUAAUUCAACUAGUAAACAAGAGCAAGCUACAGAAAAUUCCGAGGAGGAUAUGGAAGAUCCUUUACCAGGGAAAUUACAGGCAACGGUGAACGCGCGUCUCAAGAAUGAUCUCAUUGUGUGCACUUUUCUUGGGCUGUUCGUGUUCGGUCUACAUUGUACCACAGUUUUUACGACUCUUCGACCACAGCUUAAUACGGUCCUAUGGAUAAUCGCGGGUAUACUAGGAUGGGUGCUCCAUUACCUGAUACCCCAACUCCGUAAGCAACAGCCCUGGCUCUGCCUCGCGGGGCCAGUAUUACGACAACACGAACACGCACAAUUUGAAGUCACUGAACCCGCACGUCUCAUGUGCUUUGAAAAGAUAUUCGUGUACCUGUGCUUCCUGGAGCGCAACGUGCUGUACCCGGCGGUGGUGGUGGCGGCCACCACGCAGGCGGCGCCGCCCGUGGCCGCCAAGUACGGCGACGCGCUCGGCGCGCUGCUACUCUGCGUCUGCGCACUCAAAUGUCUCAGGAACGCGUAUUCAGAACCAGAUACUCAGUACUUGAUCCUGGUGUUUGCAAUUUUACUUUUUCAACGGGAUUUAAGUAGUCGCAACAUGUCGGAAACAUUCCUUGUCGACUACUUCGUAACUGCCAUCAUCUUUAACAAAGUUUAUGAGUUUUUGCUUAAGAUCCAAUUCGUAGUGACUUACAUCGCACCGUGGCAGAUCACGUGGGGCAGCGCGUUCCAUGCGUUUGCGCAACCGUUCUCCGUGCCACACUCUGCCAUGCUGUUCCUGCAGGCCGCGCUCUCUGCAUUGCUUUCCUCCCCCCUCACACCUGCACUAGGUAGCGCGAUAUUCAUGACAUCGUACGUGCGGCCGGUCAAGUUUUGGGAGCGGGACUACAAUACGAAACGAGUGGACCAGAGCAACACGAGGCUGUCGUCGCAGCUCGAACGCAACCUCGGCGCCGAUGACAACAACCUGAACUCGAUAUUCUAUGAACAUUUAACACGUUCGUUACAACAUUAUCUGUGUGGGGAUCUGAUGCUCGGCCGUUGGGGUCAAGUUCAACAAGGCGAUUGUUUCGUUUUAGCAUCAGAUUACCUGAACUGCCUAGUGCAUAUAGUGGAGAUGGGCAACGGGCUAGUGUCGUUCCAACUUCGUGGUCUCGAGUUUAGAGGCACAUACUGUCAGCAACGCGAGGUAGAAGCCAUAUCUGAAGGUCCAGAAGAAAGUAGCGAGGGCGUAUGCGCGGGCGCAUGGUGGUGCGGUGGAUGCGGCGGCUGCGGCGGCUGCGCGGGCUGCGGCGGCUGCGGCGGCUGCGGCGCGUGCGGCGGCCGCGUGCUGGCGCCCGGCGCCGCCUGGGCGCUGCGCUGGCUGGCCUGGCAGCUGGCCAGCGCGCGCUACGUGCUCGAGGGCUACUCCGUCAGCGACAACAGCGCCGUCUCCAUGCUGCAGGUCUUCGAGUUCAGGAAGGUGUUGCUCACCUACUAUGUCAAGAGUAUAAUUUACUACACAAUACAGUCAAACAAACUUGAAGAAUGGCUGGCGUCCCCUGUCCUAGUCGAAGCUCUGAAACCAAUGAACGAGAGAUCCUUUGUAGACUUGGAUCCCAUAUUCAACGUCAAUCUGGAUGAAGACUACGACUUCAGAGCAUCUGGUAUUACUAGGAGCCGGUUCUGCGCCGUGUACCAGGAGUGGGUGGUGCACUGCGCGAUGCGGCGCGGCGCGGGCUGGCGGCGGCGCGCCGGCAAGGAGCCCGCGCUGGUGACGCUGUGCUUCGCGCUCAGCCUGCUCGGCCGCCGCGCGCUCGCCGCCGCCCAGCACCUCUCCACCUCCAGCGUGGAAUUCUUUCUAUACGGGCUACACUCGCUGUUCAAAGGCGACUUUCGCAUCACGUGCGCUCGAGACGAAUGGGUGUUCACGGACAUGUCGCUGUUACACUCUGUAUUGGCGCCUGCAAUACGGAUGGCGCUCAAACUACAUCAGGACCACUUCAUGUUCCCCGAGGAGUACUGCGACAGCGGAGCGCUGUAUGAGGCGAUCUCGUCGCACGCCGAGCGGCUGGUCAUCUGCCACGAGGCGGCGCCCGCCUGGCGCUACAACGUGCUGCGCGGGGCGCCGCACCUGCUCGCGCUCAGACACGUUAUGGACGAAGGAAACGACGACUACAAGAUAAUAAUGUUAAAUAAACGCCACCUGGGAUUCCGUGUAAUCAAAUUGAACCGCGAGUGCGUCCGCGGCCUGUGGGCAGGUCAACAACAAGAACUCAUCUAUCUAAGGAAUAGGAAUCCGGAGCGUGGAUCCAUACAAAACGCUAAACAGGCGUUGCGCAACAUAAUCAACUCGUCGUGCGACCAGCCGAUCGGCUAUCCGAUCUACGUGUCGCCGCUGACGACAUCGUACGCGGACACGUCGCCGCAGCUGACGGCGCUGCUAGGCCGCCCGCUCACCGCCGCCGUGCUGCGCCACCGCCUCGUGGCACUGUGGAGACGAAUUCGACGGCGGUGCGGCGAAGGCUGCUCCAGCGGCGGCGGCGCCUGCGAGGUUGGCGCGGCCGAGGCGGGCGCUGCGGGCGGUGGCGGCGCGGGGGCGGGGGGAGGGGGAGGGGCAGGCGGCGGCGGGGCGGGGGGACGGGCCGCCACCACGCCGCGCCACAACGCGCUGCAUCUCUCGCGGACAUCGCUCGCUGGAACACGUGGCAGUUUAGCGAGUGCGGGUAAACCCACGUCUUCAACACUAGCAUCAUCUCUAGCAGGAUUGCUAAGAGAACACUCACACGAAAGGACGCAGGAUGAAGCUGCAUACGGCAGUACUCAAGAGAAUAGCUCCCCACGGAGACGUAGUGAAGAACGCAGCGGCGGCGGCAGCGGCGGCGGGGGCGGGGCGCGGCGGGAGCGGAACAUGCGCGCGCGCACCGCCGGCAAGGAGGCCGGCCGACAGGCGAGCAGUCGCCGCGCAGAAAGGCGAGGGCGUGGCGCAGUGUCGGCGGGGUCAGGGCCGGCGGCGGGGGCCGGGGCAGGGCCAGGGCCGGGCCCGGGGCCGACGGCGGCAUCGUCGCUACGGGCGCGGCCUGGCACCUGUUGCGGCGCGCGCCCCGCUGAUCUACCGCAGGGGUCUUUGGAUAGCGGAUGGGAAGCCUGGAGAGACCAACCGAGACGAGCUGUUAGUGCAAAGGCGUGCACACAACGCGCGGCGAGCGCCGACUCGUCGCUAGAGGACUUGACGCUGGAGCCGGGCGCGCUCGGACUUGAUCUAUCGCUGCCCGAUUGCAAAAUCAUCGCCAACAGGAACGCCAGGCAAGAAAGAGACUUUAAAAGGUAUUUCUUAAACGAAAUCACAUCGAAGGACUUGUCGAAACUGAGCAAAGAGAUUCGCCACGAGCGAGAGAGCUACCGCGACCUGACCGGUCGGUACACCGAGAAACCUGAAGCGAUACCACUGAAGGAAACACACUACUCCGACUUGUCGAAUAAAGAGUCGAUCCUCAAGAAGGAAUCUAAAAAAGAUUCUAAAAGCAAAGAGAUAAAAACCAAAAUCAAACGGUCCGAUUCGGGACGUAGUGAAUUGAAAAUAAAUGUUAGUGUGGGCAGUAAAGUGUUGAUAAUCGAGCCUUUGGGGGUGUACGACUGUAUUAAUUUGGGAAGGAGGAUCGAUGUUCAGUGGCCGUCUGAGUAUCAGCGGGAAAGGGGCGGCAGGAACUUCUGGGGCAGCUGGGUGCCACUCGCCGGAAUGGACGGAUUGGUUGUGCACAAGUGGACCCCAAACCACAGAGACCCGAAACUCCGGUCACACGUCGACAAAAGCAUUCUCCUCAUCCAAAUAGACGAUAAGUUCGUUCCCAUCGCGGAGAACUGCGUUCAGGACUUAGGCGACGAAGUCUAAACUCGAAGGCGAUCGGUUGUAAUUCACUCGUCGAAUUUAUAUCUUUAAGUUAAUCUUUGAGUAUUGGUAUGAAAUGAUUCAAAUUGAAUUGAAAUUUAUCUUAUUAGUUAUAAGGUCUCAUAUAUGUAAAAUAUUGUUGAACACACAAGCACAUAACAUUUUCAUAUUAUGAAGAGAAUAGAUGUUUUUGUACAAAUAGAAAAUGGCAACGUCAACUUUAUGAGAUUGUGAAUUUUUUUACAUUUUGUUUUCAAGUUUGUAUGGUAGACGUUCCUCUUACAAAUUUUCCCGAUGGUCUCUAAUAUGGUUUCGUCACAAAUUAUGUAACGUUAUUAAUUAGAUAUGACAAUUCUAUCUUAUUGAUAUCGAUCAAUAAAUAAACUCAUCAUAAAUUUUAACCGACUACAAAAAGUAUCCAAUUUUUGGGUUAAAUUUGACAGUAUUUUUUUUUGUAUUUAUUUUAUGCGAUACCUUGGAUAAUCAUAACUUUUUUGUAUCAACCAAUUGGUAUUAAAUACAUGGUGUUAAAAACAUGGUGUUAAUUGCGAACCGAUAUUGACGAUUAUUUCUUAUUAGAAAAUUAUCUUGAAUCGAAAUCGCAAAACGAUUUAUUAAAAUACAUAUCAUUCUGUCUCAUGCUUUGUAUUUCGUUUCACCCUCAAUUAUAUUUGAGAGAGUGAUCAAAAUUAAUACAUUUUUAUUUCAUAUCAUCUUCCCACAUUUGCUUCCUAGAAAAUAUACAAAUACGGAACACUUUCAAAGUGUAAAUGUAAUUCCUUACCAAAAUAUUGUUAAUAUUUAGGUUGCAUGAUAAAUAUUCCAUUUUGUACAUAUAAAAUAAAAAUGCUUUGUUGUGUGUGAGUAGAUUUUAUUAAACGUUAGCUUUACUCGUGUAAAUAUACUUUGUAUAUAUUGUGAAAAUAUGUAAACAUUUUGUAUAUUCAUCUCUUAAUGUAACAAAACGCGUAUACUUUAUUAGGUGACGUAAGCGAGUAUUAUGCCUUUUUUAUUUUUGUUAAUUUUUUAUUUUCUAAAUUUCGAUAUAGGUAAAAAUUUCUCCCAAAAAUAUCGUAGUCUUUCUUUGAGACCAAAUAAAUCAUUGAUUUAUAUUUAUAUAUAAUGUAUGGUUUGACCACGUGAUCGUUGUAUUGAUUAAUGAGUCAUUUUAUAAUUUAAUAAAAUCCUUUUGACAAUAUUAUUACUGAUGAGCACACUACAAUUUUUAAUAUUAACUACAGAGUAUAAAAAAUAAAAAAAAAUAGUAUAGAUAAAAUAAGGAAGAUUUACAAUGUUAAUUCAACAUUUGGUUAUGGCAACGUAGUUGUCUAUGCUAGUAAAAUAUGAAUUAGUUAUAACGUUAGAGUAAAAAAAAAUUUCAAAGAUAUCGGUAAUGUAGCAGCAGUAUGUGCGGCUUUUUUUUUUUAAUUAAAAUUAAACAGUAUAACGAACAUGUGAUCAAAUUAUUUAUUUAUUUAAAACUGUUAUUUGUUAUGUGUAUAUAUAAAUGUGAUGCAGUUUUCUAUCUAUGCAAUGUUUAAAGUCGAAAAUUAUGGAAAUAUAUAGCACGUUGAGUUUUGUGAAUUUACGGGGAUAAAUUAUUGAUGUUAUUGAUAUUUGAUUAAUGAGUAUUUAGGCAACAUUUUAUGUAGAAACACGCGUUAAGGUCGGCAUCAGCGGUUAAACUAACUUAAGAAAAUGAUUAUUUGUAAAAUAAACAAGUACCUAAUGGUAAUUUGAAGAAAUUAGCACAAUAAAAGUAUGGUUUGAUUUCAAUUUAAUUAUAUUUAUACAUCAUACAGUGAAGCGAGUAAUAUUUUUUACUUGUUUCUUAAGUUAGUUUAACUGAUCGGUAAUAUGUUAGUACCACUAUGUAUGUAUGUGUAUUUAUUUAUACAUAGACAAAUGCUUCUGACUACCCCGUCGAAGAUUACAGCUGGCAGCACUUUUUUUUACAUAAUAGAAUAGAAACAAUCUUUAUUCAAAUAGAUUUAUUUACAAGCUCUUAAAUCGUCGAUUUUUUAUAAUUGUACUGCUGGCUUUCGAAUGUUGUCAUUAAAAAGUUAAUUUUUAUAAAUAUUUGUUAAAAUUUUGUGUAUUAUUUAUUUAAAUGUGUAAAAUAACAUGGUAAUUUAAAAAUCCAUACAUUUUUUUAUUCAUGUUUCUAUGUAUAAACUUUUUUGUUAGCACUCAUAAUAGAUUGUCUGUCACUUUGAAAACAUUAUUUUUUCAUACAGUAUGUCCGAAUGUACAUGCACACACACAGUGGUACAAUUUACCUUGUGAUCCGACUUGUAAACGCUUGAAAAUUAUAUACUGUCAUUGUCGUAUACUAUUUGUUCUCCCCUAUAAUGUUGACAUAUUUAUAAUUACAUACUAUAUAAAUUGCAUUGAUUCACGUUUUACUCUAUAGUAAUUUAACUGUCAUACACCAUCUGUUAAUAAGGUAAUUUAUGUGUCUGUUUGGCUAAACAAACCAAUAUUUUGUCCGCGACUUCGUCCUUCUGACCAGGAUAAAAAGUAGCUUAUCGAGAAGGCUCCAUCGUGUAUACUAAUGUUAAUGUCAAAUUCAUGACGAUUACUUUCUUCCCCCCACCCCCCGGUCCCGACCCAAAACAAGUGUCAAACAAUAUCUACUAACAAACAAUAGAUUCCUUUCAGUUUGCGGUCUCAUAAGAAAGAACAAAUCAACGCAUAAAGCCAUCUCAUUCUAACUCGAGGGCAGUAUAGCGGUAGCUAUUCCAUCCCAUGAGAUAGAUAUAUGUAACGAAAAAUACACUAUGUUUACUCGGCGCGGAGAAAAUAAGGUCACUGACGUAUAUGCUUAGUAUCAAUAUUUUCCAUAUAACUACGCCGUAAUAAACAUGUUUAAAUAUUUUCUUCGUUUACGUCGUACAGUUUAAAAAAAAAUGUGGAUUUGCCAUUUUAAUAAUAGAAUGAUUCAAAUAAAAUAACAUAAAAAUGUUAUUUUUUUUUUAUUGCUUUUACAAUAAACAUUUAUAUAAUUAACAAUUCAGCGAAUCCAAUCAACGGUACAAUUCGCAAAUUUCUGGAAAAAUGAUCCUAUUUUUUAAAUAUUUCUUAAAAAUAUACCAUAAUUUAUAUCAGUUCCCCUUUAACUUUUGUCUAUAUUUUGAUCUGUAUUUUAUGCUACUGUAUUUUAUUAGAAUUUUCUAAUUGCCAUUAAAUUAAUUGGUGCAAUAAAGUGUUAAAUAAAUAAUUAUGCAAUACAAUUAACAUCAAAUCCCACUGAUGGAGCUACACUUGAUAAGCUACUUAUAAACGAUAGUAGUUUACGGGUUGUGAAAGUCCGUAGGUGUACGUCGAUGUUGCUGGCCGUACUGUCUGUAUUGACAGAUGGUGUACUUACCGGUGACUAUUGCACACGUUACGACACGACCGUGUCUUUAGUGCCCUCCGUUCGCAUUUACCUCUGCUGUAAUGCAUCACCAACCAUUUUGUAUCAUUCACUUCAUCCAACCAUCAUUGGUUUCGAAAUAGCAUUAUAUUUUGAUUUUUAAUGUUUUAAUAUACGAUCUAAACAUUUGUUUAAUUGAUUGGUAAAUGCGGAUGGAUCACAUAAAAUGAGUAUGUAUUCUCAAGUUGCCUUAAUAUAUUUUAGACUGAUUUUUUAUAAUCGUGAGCGUGUCUAAGCCGAUAUUACAAUAAUAAAUAAUUGUUAAGGUAUAUAUUUGAGCUCUUGAAUUAAAUUAUUUCAACUAUAAAAACAUCGCAGUGUACUUACACUCCAUUUAAGGCGGUUUUUCACAUAACAUUUUGUGUCAUUAGAUUGUUAAUGUGCAUUUCUUAUAGAUAGGGAGCCGUUUUAUUGUCACAAAUAAUAUACCAGUAAUCAUUGCAAAUUCAUAAUUAUGUUGUAUAUCCAGAUAUUUGGUCUCUUUGAGCAAAACGAUCUAUCCGAACAUUACGGAGUAAUAAACGUAGAAUGUAAACUGUAGGAAGGCACAAUCCGUCCACAAAAAUGUGCGUAACAUACAAACUACAUUGAUUACACUUGAAUAAUAAUACUUGUUUUGUCUCUCCUAAUCACAAAAUUUACUGAUUUUUAUUAUAUGCAGGUACAGCAUAAUUUUGAAAGCGUUUGUGUAUAAUGUCAGGUUCAUAAAGUUCGAGUGAAAACCGCCGUUAGAACUGUUAAAUCGUGUUACAUGACGAAUAUCAAAAUACCUAUAUCCGGGAAUAAAUCGGUACGUGAUAA